CACGUUACGUCAAAAAGGUGCGACAAGUAUAUUACGACAAGAUGGCGUCGGGUAGUGGGGCAAAGAAUGACUUUCGCAGAAAGUGGGACAAAGAUGAGUACGAACAACUGGCACAGAAGCGACUCACAGAGGAGAGGGAGAAGAAAGAUGGCAAACCCACUCCCCCCGUCAAGCGGGAGCUCCUGCGGCACAGGGACUACAAGGUGGAUCUGGAGUCCAAACUGGGGAAGACCAUCGUCAUCACCAAGACCACUCCUCAGGCGGAGAUGGGCGGGUACUACUGCAAUGUGUGUGAUUGUGUUGUGAAGGAUUCCAUCAACUUUUUGGACCACAUCAAUGGGAAAAAACACCAGAGAAACUUGGGUAUGUCCAUGCGCGUGGAGCGCUCCUCGCUGGACCAGGUGAAGAAACGCUUUGAGGUCAACAAGAAGAAGAUGGAGGAGAAGCAGAAGGAGUACGACUUCGAAGAGCGCAUGAAGGAGCUUAGGGAAGAGGAGGAGAAAGCAAAGGCAUACAAGAAGGAGAAGCAGAAAGAGAAGAAGAGGAAGGCCGAGGAGGACCUGAAUUUGGAGGAAGACGACGAGAUGGCUGCUGUGAUGGGAUUCUCAGGGUUCGGCUCUUCUAAGAAGAGUCACUGACACUCUGUCGCCCUUCUCAGGGCUGGGGGACCUGCGCCCAGCACGCUAACCUCCCUGCCCCCUGUACAUUUAGUCACAGAGAGGAGCGCUCGCUCGCAGUAGUAGCCAGUCGUCGCCACAGGAGCCUCAAAUGCCAAAAAUUUGACCCCGAUCCCAGUUGUUGCUGUUACCGUUCCGGACUCUAACAGAAGCUCACACGCGCGUAGGUGGAGGUAACAGCUAAGGUAUUGACAGGGUUACUUGAGUUUUCUUUUUCACCUGAGUUGGUCACCUGUGCUAUUGUGUUUAUUUUUAAUUUUUUUAAUUUUUUUGUAUUUAUGUCCACAUUCCAAUCAGACCAGCCAGCAGACCUGUGGACAGGGCCUUUAACAGACAUGUUUCAUCUGACCAGCCGAGCGAGAAUGUGGCACAGUUAAGUGAUCACUGCCUGCCUAUAAGAUCCCGGUUAUGCUUUUGAGUCCCCGCCCCCACAGGGGGGCACCCUUCGCCUGCGUAUUCCAUCAAUAGCACAUGACCAUGUUAACCACAAGUAAUUGCACAGGAAAGCUUUCUGGAAAUUAAAGUUUCAAAUAAUAAAUUGUCAAAAUUUU